AGAGACGUUUCAUGCGAAAAAGGAAAACAUUCUUCCCGCAUGUGCGCACGUUUCUGUUUACGUGAAUUUAAUUUUUUGUAAAUUUUCCGGAAAAACUCGCGUGUUCACUGAUCGAAAGUGGUUUAGUUUGAAAAGAUUGCGACGUUCUAACGAGUAGUGUGAAGAUUUUUUGUGUUUAUUUCGGAAGUUGCUGAAAAAUCGCGAUGGUAUACGUCGAGCCGUCAUUCCCACGCGGCCGAAAGAUCGAAACCGACGACGACCACAAACCGCGGAAAAAGCUAAAGAAAGCGGCGGGAUACGGAGCAUCGACAGCAAAAGAUGAAAAGCCUCACAAGCUUCGCCCGAAGGAGCGCCAGCAGGCUCUGCUGGAACAGAUGGAGCACGACAAGGAAGAACUGGAACAGAGCGUUAGUGCGGCUCCAUUGCAGUUCAAAACGGCCCAAGAGGGAAUGCUGCUGAUGGGUUGCGUGUACAAGACCUCCAAAAUGGAUGUGAAGAUUUCGCUGCCGGGGCGGUUGUACGGAUCGGUUCCGAUAAUGUCCAUUUCCGAGGCGUACACUAACAGGUUGCACAAUUUACUGCAGACUAGCUUGGGAGGUGCGGAAGAGCAAUGUCCCGGAUUGGAAGAACUGUACCACGAAGGGGAUUUAGUGUACGUCAAGAUCAAGAGCAAAUACACUGAGGAUAAGCGCUUCGGAUUGACGUUGGAUCCGAAGGAGCUGCACAGCGAGUUCAGCUGCAAACAUCUAGUGGAAGGAUUGAUUCUGAUGGCGACAGUGGAGGAAGAGGAAGAUCAUGGUUAUCAGAUGAAUGUUGGCAUCAAGAAUGUGCGGGCGUUUCUUCCGAUGCAUAAUGUAAAGAACAACAAGAUGAUUGUCGGCAAGAAUCUGUUCUGCGCAGUGGAGAAGGUCACUCAAGGAAAAGGAUCAGCGACGAUUGUUUUGAGGGCAUUCAAGCCAACAGAACCGAGGAAGCUGGAAAUAGCGCAGGCUAAUAUUGAUUCUUUGGUUCCGGGAUCGGUGGUGACGUUCACCGUUGAAUCUAUACUGCCGAAUGGCUUACAGGGAACUCUCUUCGACGACACGGUCCCGGCAUUCGUGAACGAGAAUAUGCUGGAGAAACCCUUAUCCAGCAUAAAACAACACGAACUUUUCAAGCAGAUUUCGGCUCGGAUCUUGUACGUGAUGCCACUCACGAAACAUGUAUUUCUCACGUUGGCCAACUUUGACGGGAACAGAGUCCCGGUGGCGGAUCCCGUUGUUCCCGGUAAGAUCAUUCAGGACGCCAAGAUCAUCCACAAAUGCCCGAGCGGUGUGUGGUUCCAGAUCGGGAAGAAACACAAAGCCUUGCUCCCGAGAUACAUUCUGAAGAGUAAAUACAAUCAGAACUACGACGAGCAGAUUGUGAUGGCCAAGUACCAGAUCGGUUCUGUUCACACGGUCCGGGUGAUGCGAUAUGAAGCCUUCGACCGGACCAUCAUCGUUACCGAUGACGAAGCGAAAAUCGAGACUAAAUAUUUCACCUUGCAGGAUCUCAAAGUGGGAGAUGUUUACAACUGCCGAAUAACCAAGGUUUUGGAUGGAAAGCGGGGUUUCUUGGUAUCGCUGGACAACGUCAAGGGAAUCGUCACUUCGCACAACUUCGAACCUUCGAAAACCCACGCCGUCAAUCAGAUGGUAAAGCUGCGUUUGAUCGCCAUCGAAGAAGACCGCAAAAUGGCCCAAUUCUCCAAUCAUCCGGAAUACCUGAAGAAAUCCGCUAAGCUGGUCACCGCUCGGGAAGACUUUAAACAAGGCCAAAGGUACCUCGGUACGGUGAUUUCUGAGCAGGAAAAAUAUUUCCUAGUGGCAUUCUGCAACCGGAUUACCGCCAUUUUGUUCAAGUUCUGCCGUAGCGUAACCCAGGACCAGGACAGAAUUUCGCGACUAAAACCGGGAGUUGUCGAGCGAUUCACCGUGCACGAACUCUCAGAGGACGCCCAAAAGAUCACCGUCGCCAUCCCUCUGGACGGUGAUAGCGAAAGUUUGGGCCACGUGGUUAGCGGAACCGUCACCGGCGUCUACGCCACCGGGGCCGACAUCUACCUGGUGAAACAAAAUGAGACCGGAUCCGUUCCGCCGGAACUGUUCUCCGAUUUCCCUUCCCACAAUCCGAUCUACGCCAGUGCGCUCAAAGAAGGCGAACAGCUUCAGGUGGUCAACGUGAAAGAAAACGUUUACAGUUGCCGGGACGUGGACUACUUCCGGCGCAAACCCACCCAGCUGAAAGACGUCAAAAUUGGUCAGGUCCUGAGGGCGUACUGCCUGGAAAUAUUGACGCGAGAAAAGAAGAUUUGCUUCCGGCUGGCGUUGAAGGAUUACCAUCGAAACGUUUCGCUGAAGAUGCGCGAAUUUGCCGACGCCGGAGAGCGGGUUUCCAUCCAGGUGGGGCAAGUGAUUUUGGUCAAGGUGGUCAAGAAAAUAAGCAAAACGGAUGGAACUCUGCUGGUGGUGUCGCCCAAAUUACAAGAUGUAUGCACACAUGGCGCGGAAGAGCCCGUCCGGUACAUGCAGAGAUAUCUUGCUGACGUGAAGGAGUUGGUGAAGAGAUUCAAAUCCCGCGAUAAGGCCUUUGCUCAGUACACCGUCGGACAGAGCGUAACCUGUGUGGUGGACAGCUUUAUUCCGGACAGCGACCAGAUGGUGGUUCGUCUGGGGGACGUGGAGGACACUGCUGGAGCCAAGGGAAUAGUAACAAAAGAUCCAAAACGGGACGGGGGUUACUCACUGCGUGAUCUACUGGAAGGUCGAGUUGUGUGGGUCGACGUUGAGAAGCAGUUGGUUCAUGUGUGCGUCGUAAAGAAAUAUCUGAAGCAUCUUGCGGACUCGGACGAAGCCAAUGUGCCAAAGGAACAACUGGGAACUGAAGAUGGACCACGGGAACUGGUGACGCUAUUCCAGAACCAACACGUUGCCGUUGGUUGUCUUCCGAAGGUGGACUCACCGCUGGCCGUCGUGCCGGUUCGGUGCCACUACAAUGACCUCGGCCCAGUGAAACCGCUAGCGAAGAAAGCACAGGUUUUCCUACUUCGAAUUUCCGAUGGAUUGUUGCUAGGGUUGACCGAGGAACUGCACGAAAAAUUCAAAGACUUCAUUUGGAAACCCUCCGAGAAGAAGGACAAAAGCGACAAAGCUUGCUGGCUGCCGGAUGACUAUGAGGAGCCACUUUUGGAUGAUCCGAAGGAAGUGUCCGACGAGAAUGCUGAUGAAGAAGAGGAUGCCGAAGCGCAGAGUGACUCCGGGAUCGAUAAAGAUGAAGAUGCACCAGAACCGAAGCCGAUCCCUCAAGAGCCCAAAAAGAAAUCUAAGAAGAAGCAGAAGAAAAAGACGACUGUUACAAAAUCAGAACCACUUCUAAAGGUCAAGAAAACCAACGCCGUCGAAUCACCUGCCAAGGCGUUGAAAGGCAAAAACGAGAAAAAGAAAGCCACGGGCAAAAAGUUGAAAGCCGGUAAGCAGUUUGUUAUAAGCCAGCUGGACGGAGCAGAUGACCUGAUGGCAAGACAAAAGAUGCACGGCAAGAAAAACAAAAACAAGAAGCAUUUUUUAUCCAAAAGCCCGGCUGCCAACGCUCCUCCUAAUUCGAAACAGGACAAACAGUCGGGCUCCUCCCAAAAAGCGAACAAGGUUCAGCUUGAAAAGAAAGAUAAACUGCAUCAACUAGCUCAGCAGACCAAGUUUAAAAAGAAGAAGAACAAGGCUGGUCACCAGGCUCAGAAACCGACCUUAGAACUGGUUAAGCCUGUAAAGAUCGUCAAGACAGGAGUCAUGCCGAAACAGCAAACCCUGCCAGGAACUCUGCCAGGAGCGGGCGGUUUCUGGAGCACCAACCCCUCAUCCAAGAAGGAAGAUUCGGACUCCAGCGAUGACGACGAGGAACCGACAGUGCAACCGAAGAAGCGCCUCAAUGCGAAGGAGCGUUUCGAAGCGAUGAAACAAGAGGAGCAGCGAAUUCGUCAGAUCGAAGACCAGUUGGCUGACGUUUCGGCGGAUCCUCAUACGCCGGACCAGUUCGAUCGUCAGCUUCUGUCCCAACCGAACAGCAGCCUGCUGUGGAUCCGCUACAUGGUGUUCCACAUGGAAUCGGCCGAGGUGGAAAAGGCCAGAGCCGUAGCACGGCGAGCGCUCAAGACCAUCAAUUUCCGGGAGGAAGGCGAACGCCUCAACGUGUGGAUUGCGUUGCUCAAUCUGGAACUCCGGUACGAAACGGUCGAAACGUUCAAGGAGGUGCUUCAGGAGGCCAUUCAGUAUAACGAUCCGUUCAAAGUGUACUCGAGGGUGAUCGAAAUCGUAAUCGAUUGCGGCAAGACGGCGGAGGCUUUGGACAUAAUCGACAUUCUGCAGAAACGGUUCCGCAAGCAGCCGGAAAUGUGGCUCCUGUUGGGCAGUUCUUACUACAAGUUGGGACAGGCCGCCAAGGUGAAACCUCUGCUCAGCAAAGCGCUGAAAUCGUUGGAGACAAAAGAGCACAUCCCCCUGAUCGUGAAGUUCGCCUUCCUGCACAACCGCAACGGCGAACGGGACGAGGCCCACAUUCUGUUCGAACAGAUCCUGACGUCGUACCCGAAGCGAACCGACAUCUGGUCCCAGUACGUGGACAUGUUGGUCAAGGACGAGCUCAUCGAUGUGGCCCGGCAAACGUUGGACCGUGCCAUUGCCCAGCGGUUACCGAUGAAGAACAUGAAAACGCUCUACACCAAGUACGUGGCGUUCGAGGAGAAACACGGCGAUCGGGAGGCCGUGAAACGGAUCAAGCAAGCCGCAGCGGACUACGUCGAGAAGCAGCUUAGUUCGAGUGGGGUCACCGCAAGUGGGUAGAGUUUCUGUCGUUUUUUAACUGUUAAGGUAAGAUUGUUGUUAUGAUCCUAUUCUUUAGAAGGUUGAUUGAAACCUUUCUAUUAUGAUUGAAGUAAAUAUCGCCUUCAUUAUGAAA